AUGGGCCAUAAGCUUGCAUUAACAGUUGAGCGACAAUCGAUGCGUGUAGAACCUAAGGGUCAGGCGAUUUCUGACGAAAAGCAGAUCAAAGAACUUGGUUUAGCUGCUCAGAAUGCUCAUCUAUAUGUCCGAGAUCUCGGACCACAAAUCCCAUGGAAAACGGUCUUUCUGCUGGAGUACGCUGGUCCUUUGUUCAUCUAUCCAUUGUUUUAUUUCCGGCCAGAAUUCAUAUAUGGAGAUGGUGGUUCUAAGAAGCCUCAUCACUUUGCUGUUACUUACGCCUUCAUUUGUUGGUCGAUUCAUUAUGCAAAACGAUUAUUCGAGACAGAAUUUAUUCAUCGUUUUAGCAAUGAAACGAUGCCACGCUUCAAUCUAAUCAAGAACUGUUCCUACUACUGGGGAUUUGCUGCUUUUAUCGCAUAUUUUAUUAAUCAUCCUGCCUACACUCCUCCAUAUUUUGGCAGUUGUCAGGUGUACUUUGGACUAGUGGCAUUUGCUAUUUCUGAAUUUGGAAAUCUCUCGAUCCACAUUCUUCUUCGAAAUCUUCGUCCACCUGGCACUCGUGAGCGCCGCAUACCACGACCAGAUGGCAAUCCAAUGAGCCUGCUCUUCAACUUUGUUUCGUGUCCUAACUACACAUAUGAAGCCAUGUCAUGGGUCUCGUUUUCGACUAUGGUGCAAAGUCUACCCAGCCUUUUGUUCACCAUUGCCGGUUUCAUCCAAAUGACAAUCUGGGCGAAGAACAAGCAUCGUAUUUAUAAGAAGGAGUUCCCAGACUACCCAAAGGAACGCAAAGCAAUCGUACCGUUUCUUAUUUGA